AUGGAAAAGACCGAGAAAGCCGUCGACGAAGUCGCCACGAGCCUCAGCGAUGGCGAUCAGCAAGUUCCAGUUCACAUCGAUCCAGCGGUCGAGAAGAGGAUAGUUCGCAAGAUUGACCGGGUUGUCUUGCCACUCAUGUGCACGGCCGUUGCUUACGCCGCCGUCUUCGGCUUGAGGGAGGCCCUCCACCUCACCAGCAAUGAAUUCAUGGGUCGUCAGUUUCUACUUGGGCAACUUGGCUGGGAGUACAUCUUCAUCUACAUCAUGAUCCGCUUUUUACUGGGUACCUGCGAAGGAGCUGUGUCGCCGGCCUUUGUGAUUAUCAAGCAGCUGGUACAAGAAACAGGAGCACCUCAUCCGAGUCGCGCCGGCAACAUUGGUGUCGCGGUUAUCUCCGCGAGCAAUAAUUUGGGGGUUGUCAUCUCUCCUGACGCUUACAAGCAGCAUCUCACCCGUCAUGGUCGUGCUGGCCGUUCGGUGCCGUCUCGCUGCGUUUGGCUAGAUUGA